AUGUCCAAACCUUCUAGUGUUCAUAUCGAGGCCUCAGAUGGUGGCAUUAAUCAAAGAGAAGAUGCCGGUAUAAAAGAGGCACAAUGGUCUGCAGAGAUCGAUCCAGCUCUCCUGCAGAAAGUCAUUCGCAAAAUCGAUAUGCUCGUUAUUCCAUUUGUUUGCAUCACGUAUUUGAUCACUUAUAUCGAUAAAGCUAUGCUAGGGUAUUCCGCCGUGUUCGGUUUGAAGGAAUCUUUGAACCUCAAGGGAACAGAGUAUAGCUGGCUUGGGAGCAUGUUCUAUUUUGGCUAUCUUGCUUUUGAAUAUCCAACCGCAUUCGCCAUGCAGAAACUUCCCGUCUCUAAAUGGCUUUCAGGAAAUAUCAUACUCUGGGGUGGAAUAACAAUGGCCUUGGCAGGUUGCAGUCACUUUGAUUCCUUUCUGGGAUUGCGCUUCUUUCUAGGUGCUCUAGAGUCAUGCUCCACGCCAGCCUACCUUCUCAUCACAGCAACAUGGUACACGGUCGAAGAACAGCCAAUUCGAAUCGGUUGGUGGUCAACCUUUCUAGGAAUUGCAAACUCCUUUGGGGGUCUUUUGGCCUUUGCUAUUGGCCACAUAGAUGGCUCACUGGCAUCUUGGCAAUAUCAAUUCAUCAUCAUCGGCGCCAUAUCUUCAGCUUGGGGUAUCUUUAUGUUUUUCAACUUGGCUGAGAAUCCAUCAUCUGCUCGCUGGCUAAACAACGAGGAGAAGGAGAUCGCAAUCCGUCGGUUGGGACCUAGACACCACGGAGGCAACAUUAGCGAAAUCAAAAGGUAUCAGCUCGUAGAAGCAGUUGCCGACCCAAAGACAUGGAUAUUCUUCCUCUGUGGAGUCUGCACUCAGGUGGUAAAUGGAGCGGCGAGUAACUUUGGAAGCUUAAUUAUCCAAGGAUUUGGCUAUUCGAAUCUUGUGGCCACCCUAUUCCAAAUACCCUACGGAAUGGUGAUUUUGGUUUCUAACGUGUCGGCGAUGUACAUCCAACGAUGGCUUCCUGGGCAAAAGAGGUGCCUCGUCGGUGCUCUUUACCUGACCAGUACAUAUACUGCGUCUUUCGCGAUGAUCAUGUCUCUAAUCACAGCCAAUACCGGUGGCUCCACUAAACGCACAGUGGUCAAUGCUAUUUUCUUCAUUGCAUAUUGUGUCGGUAAUAUUAUUGGACCUUUCGCCUUCAAAAGUGAUGAGGCUCCUCAAUACACCUCUGGCAUUGUGGCUAUGCUGGCUGCCUAUGUUGUGGAAAUAUUUCUGCUGUUGAGCUUUGCAGUUUAUAUGAGAAGGCUGAAUAGUGACAAGGAUAAGACUCUUGAAAGAGAAGGUUGGAGUCUUGAUAGAAGUGGGCUACAACAACUUGGAGGCUCAGUGGCCGAUCAAACGGAUAAGGAAGAUGUCCAUUUCAGAUAUUCCUACUGA